AUGUGGGAGGGGUCAGGCCCGGCGCCUUGGGGUGCCUGUUUAAGUGAGCGCCGAGCGAUCCAGUUGAAGGCAGGGGUGCUUGAAGAGGAAGUGGGGGUGGCUCGCUGCAGGUGUUCUCCCGGGGUCAAAGGUGAAGCCCCGGGCGGUCCACCCCUUCCCAGGCGGCUCUUUUCCGGCACCUGGUCCUGGUCCCAAGUCUGGAGCAGUUUCCCAAACUGGGAAAUAGUUCCCUGAGUGAGAGGGAGGGGAGGAGCUUCGGUGGGCCGAGCUAGCCAAAGGGGAAGUAGGCUUUCCCUGGGACUGGCCUGGUUGGACAGCCCCUGGGCUGAGAUCGAGGCCCUGGGAGAAAGAGGGGUGUGUGUACCAAGCUCUGGGUGACAGUGGGCUGGGCAGGGAGGAAGCAGAGGCAGCUCUACCAGGAAACGGCAAGGGGGAGGAAGCAGCCCUGCCUCUCUCCCCAGUUGGCCCUGGAGUCUGGGAUGAGACCGUAGGUGGUGGGAGCUUCAGGGUGCCUAGCCUUGGGGUGCAGCAGAUGGGCUGGUGUGGAUGGCACAGGGUGGCAGAACGCAGCACCCAGUCACCCCAAAGUUGUCCCUACCUGAAGUGGGGUCUCAGUGUUGUGUGAAAUUAGCAAAGGGAGUGGCCCUGUUGGGUGUCUGGCCUGGCGGCCCAGGACGCUUAGAAAGUGGCAGCUUGGGAGUGAUGUGGCCAGAGCCACCUUUCCUUGGGUAUAUGGAGAUUCACGAAGGUAGACUUCCUUUGCCCAGGAGUUCAUGGCUGGGUUAGGCUACUUUGUGGUUUGCCCUCAGGGAUGCCCCCCGCCCCCAACACACACACACACACACACACACAGGUACAUUCUCAGCAAGCCCCCCACAUACACACAGAACACAGGUCCACUCUCAUUGAGCCCCGGGGCUUAUAGGUUCCAGAUGUUUCAAUGCUUCAGCUGACCUUUGGCCUGGAGUUUGAUGCCCUGGGAAAAUUUCGGCGUCCUGGAGGGGCAUUUAUGUACAUCUUUUUUUUUUUUUUUUUUUUGAGACGGAGUCUCACUCUGUUGCCCAGGCUGGAGUGCAGUGGCGCGAUCUCAGCUCAUUGCAAGCUCUGCCUCCCAGGUUCACGCCAUUCUCCUGCCUCAGCCUCCCGAGUAGCUGGGACUACAGGCGCCCCCCAUGACGCCCGGCUAAUUUUUUGUAUUUUUAGUAGAGACGGGGUUUCACCGUGUUAGCCAGGAUGGUCUCGAUCUCCUGACCUCGUGAUCACCCGCCUCGGCCUCCCAAAGUGCCGGGAUUACAGGCGUGAGCCACCGCGCCCGGCCCAUUUAUGUACAUCUUCUCAGUCACUUAUGCAUCAGUGGAAACUAAGUUUUAGGUUCUGUUCAAAGAGUGACUUUCAGGAGCUGAGAGCUUAUGGAGCAGAGGCCAUGACUGCCGGGGAGUUUCGGCCACUGGGCUUUGCAGCCAAGCGGGACUGUCUUUGUUCAGGCACGGGAGUUUCUACUUUAGCCAAAGGAGAUGGAGCUCCCAAAUCUCCCUCCCUUUCCUGGCUCUCAGUGUGAAUGGGUGGCCUAGGUACCCUCGCAGGUUGCAGAGCCGUGACCAUCUGUGCCUCCUGCGUGAGGGAGCAGAGGGUGCAUGACAGGCCCCAGCUCUGGCCAGCCUUGAGGGCUGGAGGAGGGUGGGGGCAGCUUCUCCUCAGUCCAGCUCCUGGGAUCCCUGCAUGGUCCCUCUCAGCCCAGCUCCGGAGGCUGUCUCUGCUAAGCGGGAAUCCCGGGUUGCCAGAGGCCAGGCCAGGAGCCUGGAAGCACUGGUUGUGCUCAGGCCUGCCCCUCCCCCAUCCCUCGGCGCACCUUUGAUUAGGAGGUGAUGGGUUGCACUUGUGCUGAGUUCAGGCCUUCUGCGGAGGUCAAAAUCUGUAGAGGAGGCACUUUUCCGUGUGAUCUCUUCAGGAAGUCACCACUGUCAUUGUGCUUAGCAGCAGGGGUGGGGGCAAUGGGGGUGGGCGAAGCUGGUGCCAGGGCAGUGUCUCUGCACCCUGACUUGCACUCAAGGCUAGGGGGCCCCUCCAUGCUUGGCUGAGGGCCUGUCUCCUGGGGCAGUGUCGUGCCGGAUGUGUAGGAAAGAGCUCCUGUGGGCCUUCUGACCUCCAGCUCAGGUCUUCCCCAUCCUUUAUCUGGAAGAAUCCAGUGGCUGGAGCCUCGGGACCUUGCCUCUGAGCUGGCUUGGCUGUGGGAAGGGGUCUCUGGCCUCCCCUCCCUGCUCUGUACUUGCAGCCUCACCUCCUGGUCCAAGGCUGGCUGAAGUGGAGUCUUGAGCCUGGUGAGAAUGUGUGCGUCCACCUGGCCACACUUCAGCUCCCCUGAUGAGAGUAAGAAGCCCCCCAGCCCAUAAUUUCCUGAAGUGAUCCUGGCUCCUCUGGAGGAGCCUCCCAUCCGACUGCAUCAAACCUGGAAAGGGGGGAUGGAGCAUGAGGCGGGGGUCCAUGCCCAAGGGUCUGGUGGGAGCUGGGCUGAGCUGGGAAUCCCAGAAACGUCCUUAGCAAGAAAGUGACAGCAGAGUGCUGGAGGGACCGUGAGUGGGUGAGAGUUGGUUGUUUAGUCCAGCCUCCCCAGCACUUUUGUUUUUGCUCCCUGGCCCUGUGGGCACUCACCCGGGGCAGGGACCAGAGAGCAGGGACUCAGAGGAGCUGGCUCGGAGGGGCUGACUCCGCCAGCCUUCAGUUGGGCAGGCCCCAGGUGGCUGACUGGGAGCCCUUGUGAAAUACCCUUGAUGGGGUGGGGCAGGGGCUGCUUCCUGCAACCCAAAGCCACAGGAUGGUUACUCCAUCAGUGGAGGAGGCAGACUGGGAGGGCCGGAGGGGCCUCGGGCCAGGCUCCUCCCAGCUGAUGGCCUGCCACCUGGAAGGUGGGGGAACUCCCUGGUCAGUCCUGCCAAUAGACCAGAGCUAGAUGGACGGCCCACCCCCAGCUUUUCAAAGUUAGGAGACUGGGAGACUCGGGAUUCCCUAUAGCCUCCUCUCUGGCCAGGUCCCCAGUGGGGCCCCUGUGCACCCAGGGAGCAGGGGGCUUUGUCCCAGACCAGCUCAGGGGAGGUGGUUGUAGAAGGGGCAGGGUGGACAGGAAGCAGCUCAGCCCAGCCUGGGAGAGGCCAAAGGCUGCUUCCGAUCAGAGAGCGCCUGCUCGCUGUGCCCCCGGGUUAUGACGACCCCCAAUAAAGGAAACAAGGCCUUGAAGGUGAAGCGGGAGCCGGGUGAGAAUGGCACCAGCCUGACGGAUGAGGAGCUGGUGACCAUGUCAGUGCGGGAGCUGAACCAGCACCUGCGGGGCCUAUCCAAGGAGGAGAUCGUCCAGCUGAAGCAGCGCCGGCGCACGCUCAAGAACCGCGGCUACGCUGCCAGCUGCCGCGUGAAGCGGGUGACGCAGAAGGAGGAGCUGGAGAAGCAAAAGGCGGAGCUGCAGCAGGAGGUGGAGAAGCUGGCCUCGGAGAACGCCAGCAUGAAGCUGGAGCUCGACGCGCUACGCUCCAAGUACGAGGCGCUGCAGACCUUCGCCCGGACGGUGGCCCGCAGCCCUGUGGCGCCAGCCCGGGGCCCCCUUGCCGCCGGCCUGGGGCCCCUUGUCCCAGGCAAGGUGGCCGCCACCAGCGUCAUCACAAUAGUAAAGUCCAAGACGGAUGCCCGAUCGUAGGGACGCGCGUCUGCCCAGGCGGGUCUUUGCGGGGCCACUAGGCACAUGGCGAAUUCGGCUGCCCUGUCCCUCUGUUUCCUUCUCUUCUCUUUCCUCCCUCUCUUCCCCGCCCUUCUCUCUUCCCUGCAAAGCACAACCUGUACCCCAGGGGCGCCGGGCUGAGCCCCUUUGAUCUCGUCAUUGUCGUCGUGUGUUUUGUAUGUUGGGAUUGGUCAGUUCGGCGGUGACGUGGGGUCGCCCCAACCCCUUUUGUACCAGGGCCAUGCAGGCUUGGAGUCCAGAGUUGGUGCUGUGGGAAUGGACUUUAGAGAGUUGCGGGAGAGAGAAGAAGCAGGCACGCUGGGCCUCGCAUGUCCCCGAGCAGUGAGGGUCCCAGUGUUCCCUCCACUCCCGAGUGGCCACAGGCUCGCGGCCUGGGAAGGAUUCACUCUCUUUAGCCCCAGGAGAGCAGCUCAGCUUAGCCCAGCACGAAGAGAUGGGCUCUGCUCUGAGAGCAGGGCGGGCUUGAAGGCCCUGAUGGGUGGACCACCAGCCUGGGUGCAGUGGUGCUGGGAGUGUGCAGCUGGGCCCAGGGGCUGUGCGCUCAGGCCUGACCCGUUGCACUGAACAAGACCAAAUCGCUGGUUGUGCUCUUAACGUGAGGGUGAGUCCAGUGUGCCCUGCGAUGGGUCCCGUGUCACUGUUUACAUGACCUAUUUGUGUGGUUAUAUAGCCCUUUAUUUAAAAGAGAGAAGUUCCUUUUACAAAGUUAUUAAAUUAAUUAUAUGUUUAAAAGUUAAAGAAAAAAAGAGCUGCAGAGUAUUUAUAAAACUGUCUUUUAGAAAAAAAACAAGCAGGAAGACCAUUUGACCAUAUAAAUGGAAAAGGGAAGAAAGUAUAAUAGAAACUUUGCUAGUUAAAAAAAAAAGAAAAAAAAAAACAAAAAAAAUCCCUUUCUUGUAAACUUACGGACACCUCUUUGUGGCUGUUGGAGUUUAGUUUUUAUAUACACAGAGUUAUCAGACAUUAUUUAUAAAACUUAGUUUAAAAAAAAGACAAAAAAAAAAAAAAAGCCAAGCCGUGAGCCGACCAGAAGGCCGUCCUCUUUGAUAUCUUUUGCAAUUGUACCGAAAGUGACUUACUCCUCUGCCCUUCCUGCUUCCGUCUCUUGCCGGUGCCGUGGUGUCGUCCGUGCCUGGUGAGGUUUUGUGCAGCGGUAAAGUGCUGGUGCUUCUGGUGACCUUUGACCUGUGGGUGUCACUUCUUGUGUCUGUUUUCCCGUGUUCGUUUUUUGGGUUUAGUUGUGCUUUUGCUUCUGCUGGCUUGCUGGACCUGGGCUGGGGUGCCCCGUGGCGCCUGCUGCGUCAGAGCUCAAGGAGUCUGUGCCCACCACCAGAUCCUGGUCCCUAGGAGGUGAGACGUGGGGUUCUGUCAUGCCUCCCCCACUGAGCCUUGGCUACAUCUAUGUCUAGGGCCUGGGCUGAUCCAGUGGUGGAGUAGGUGAAACUGGGGUCCCUUGGGGCCCCCCACACUGCUUCCACACCCACCACCUCUGGCCUUAGGUGGUGCCGUUGCAGGGAUGAAGGAGUCACUGUGGGUGGCCGCAGGGCUAUGGCCAAGUGUUCCCUGGCCAUCUUCCUCUGGCCUCAGCUUUGUUCCUAUAGGCUGCCCACGCCGUGGGCUGCAGGUCUCGCUGCCCGCUUGAACCCUGAGGUGUUUCCAUGCUGCAGAUGGUGCUUCCAGGCAGAGUGGGUGGGGGCCCACCGGGGGCAGCCCUUUCUUCCUUGUCCCUGCCUCACUCUGAGAGCCUUGGGGGGUCUCCACCAGUGCAGACAAGGGCUACAGUCUCCAGGGCCGGGUCUUGUCCCUCUUCUCCGCUGGUCCACUGUGGCAGCUCUUGGCUUCAGGCCUGCCUUCUGCCUCCCUUUGGGAUCUGUGUCUUCCAGGGAUCAGCUGCUUGGCUUCUGCUGGAGGUUCCUCCCUGUGGGGGCCCAGCCUACCUCCUGUUCUCAGUUCCUCGCCAGAGGCUGCUGCCCUUCCCAGCUGGGCUCAGGAGGCUCCUUGUAGGCAUAUGAUGGGGAGGGGCUGCCCCCACCCACCUCCAAGAGGCUGCAGCCCUGUGUCUGGCCAUGUGAGCCCUGGCCUUUCACCAGGGUUGCUGGUUUCUUCUCUGUGGGGCCCAGACUCCUGUAAAGCACACAAAUGUGGGCUGGUAAGAUGAAAAACUGUGGCCUGACAGGGCUUAACCCUGUGGGUGGUGGGAUUUUUAUCCAAGAGUUUGGCCUGGUGUGCCCACAAGAUGGGAGCAGGGAUGUACCAUCAACACUUGUCAUGUUAAUGAGCUUUUCUUUGCUCUAGGUAUUCAGAGACAAGUCCUGUUUCUACCUGGGUCAGCCUGAAAAUGGAAAUGUUGGCUGUUGACUCUUGUCAUUUAGUGACUUCAUUCCCCUCCCCUCAGUCUGAUCUUGUCUAAGUAGAAUCCAGGAGUUAGUUGGAAUCAUAUCAUAAGUAUCCAUAAAGAAAACAUCAUGAUCUGCCUUGGAUUGGGGAGAAACAGGCCCUCCCUGUCCCUGUGCAGCCCCCACUUUUGUCCUGGCUGUGGGUGGCCAUCCAUUUUGAGCACCUCUGCCAGGCUGCAGACCUGGAGGCGAAGGGAGUGUGGAAGAGGAGGGUGUAAGGGUUGAUGCGUGCUGAAUGGGAGGUGCAGGUCCUUGGUGCGUUGGCAGAAGAGGCUUCUGGAGUUUCGAGGCCAUACCUCCUUUCAAGAGGUUUGGAUUUGGGGCGACUUCCCUGGGUCUAGGGCAGUGUUCCUGUCCCCUGUCAGGCCAGCCCUGCGGAGCCACUCCACCCCUCUUCCCCUUCCCCUGGAAUUCCUGACAUAGAUGCUGUGUUCAUGUGCAGAUGUGAGUGUGCUGUCCUUCUGAUCUCUGUUAAUCCCGCUUUCCUACUGAGAGGGUGGUGGUCUCUUCUCACCUCGGUUUUUCUGACACAGCGAAUCGAGGGCUUUGGCCAAGGCCAGGUCUCUCAAACUUGUCCGCCAAGUAAACCGUGAUAUAUGUCUUCCUUUCCACCUUAACUUUGCCCCAACUCCUCUUUUAUCCUAAUAUGGACACUCAGAUUUCAGAGGAAUACCCAGCAGGGACAGGUCAGCUCUCACCCGGAGAGUGAAGCCCCUGGCUGCUGCUCUGGGUGGCGCUGGUGUUGCUGGCUCAGCUCUUGGUGCAUGUUUCAGAUAUGCGUGCACACUUCUGACCGGUGGUCAGGGCCCAGCCCACGGCCCUGAGUGGCUGCAGCCUGCUUUGGGACGAUGGUCAGGUCCCAUGUUGUCCCUGCUGCCUCCCUCUGGAGUGGCCACUUGGCCAAAGCUCCCAUCUACAUCUGGAAAGUCUGAGCCGCAGCCUGCUGCACCGUUUCCGCCCUGCGAUCUUGUGAGUUACUUUUUUAGGCUGUGGUUUGGUGAAAGGAACCAACACAUUAACGAUUUUUCCCCCAGAAGCCACUGAAUAAUUCUUUUUGGUGUAUUUUUGCCUUCCUGUUGGCUGUCUGGCCUUGGAGCAGGUCGGGAGAGUGGAGUACAUAAUCAGUGCCACACAGAGGCAGGGCGUGUCUGAGAGACUAAUGCCUGUCAUGCCUCUGGCCUGUGUCCUGGGUGUGUAUCAUACCUGCUGGGCCAGUCCCGCACAUUUCCACCCUGCCCCUGGAGCAGCAGCUUUGAUACCGUGGGUAUCCCUUGAGUCUGAGCUAGAGUGUGUCCCCGAUAAACUGUGAGACCUCCCUGUUCUUGGUGACCCCAGUUGGGCUUUGGCCCCUCCAGCAACCUUGUGUCCCAGCCCUGCCCUUCUUCCCACCCCCUCAGUCUGCUAGUCCCUGAAGCCUUUAACCAAACGGGAGUGGGCACAGAAAGCCUUCUCCUGGCAACAGGACAAGGGCUGCCCGCGUGUCCAGCCCUGUUGCUCUCCUGGCACUGAGAGGUGGGUCCAAGCAGAGUUGAUCGGUCCCUGCCUGCCCUGCCUAGGUCUAGCCUGGGGAGGUUGUGUGUGUGGGAGAAGACCCCGGGAUCUGCUGGGGUGGGAUGGAGGUUAUUAAAGAUCUAAGUGAGGAGGGGCUGGGGUUUGGAUGCGGGGUGAGGCCCGAGCGCUCACACUUCGUGUAGGGCGGGCAGGGGCCUGACCUCUUGCAGGGCAGUGGCCUUGGUGCCCUACCCCUGCCCUGCGCAGUAUUUAUUGCUAAAUUAUUGUCCAGGAGGGGCAGCACUGGGCCUGGCCCCCCGGGUAUUUAUUGCUGUACAUAGUGUAUGUUUGUGAUAUAUAAGGUUUUCUUUAUUUUGUAUAUGAUCAAUAAACCUUUUAAAGAGA